UCGCGGGAACUGCUGCUAUGGGAGUGUGAGAGAGCAAAUUUCUGAACCAAGAGAGUUCCCAGGGAGUAAAAUCCAAGAUGAGGCAGUAUGUGCAAGUUCCAACUGUUGAGCAAGAAAAAGCCUAUGAUUAUAAUUCUGCUUUUGAACCGAGGCCAUGUAUGUGUUUGGGAGUUUGCUGUUGCUGUGCUGCGCUAAGACCUCGCUACAAGCGUCUAGUGGAUAACAUAUUUCCUGAAGAUCCAAAAGAUGGUCUUGUUAAGGCCGACAUGGAGAAGUUGACUUUCUAUGCAGUUUCUGCACCAGAAAAGCUGGAUCGAAUUGGGGCUUACCUGGCAGAGAGACUGAGCAGGGAUGUCGUCAGACACCGCUAUGGUUAUGUUUUAAUUGCCAUGGAGGCAUUGGACCAACUUCUGAUGGCUUGUCAUUCUCAAAGCAUAAAACCAUUUGUGGAAAGUUUCCUUCAUAUGGUGGCCAAGCUUCUGGAAUCAGGCGAACCAAAGCUGCAAGUCCUUGGAACUAAUUCUUUUGUCAAAUUUGCCAACAUUGAGGAAGACACACCUUCCUAUCACAGACGCUACGACUUCUUUGUGUCUCGGUUCAGUGCCAUGUGUCAUUCGUGUUACCCCGAUCCAGAAAUACAAACUGAGAUCCGAAUUGCUGGAAUCAGGGGCAUUCAGGGAGUGGUUCGAAAAACAGUUAACGAUGAACUUCGAGCAACUAUAUGGGAACCUCAGCACAUGGACAAGAUCGUACCAUCACUGCUGUUCAACAUGCAGAAAAUAGAAGAUAUCGACAGCAGAAUAGGCCCUCCAUCCUCUCCAACAGGAGGAGAGAAAGAGGAAAAUCCUGCUCUGCUGGCCGAGAAUUGUUUCAGAGAACUACUAGGACGAGCAACCUAUGGAAAUAUGAAUAAUGCUGUCAGACCAGUUUUUGCGCAUUUAGACCAUCACAGACUAUGGGAUCCUAAUGAAUUUGCUGUUUCCUGCUUUAAAAUCAUCAUGUAUUCUAUACAGGCACAGUAUUCCCAUCAUGUCAUACAAGAAAUCCUUGGACACCUUGACGUCCGCAAAAGGGACUCGCCACGAGUCCGUGCUGGCAUUAUUCAGGUUCUUUUGGAAGCAGUUGCAAUAGCAGCUAAAGGAUCAAUAGGCCCAACAGUUCUGGAGGUGUUUAAUACCUUGUUGAAGCACCUGCGCAUCAGCGUUGACUUCGAGCUGGGUGACAGGCGCAGCUCAGCGGGAAGUGCCGCUUUCAGCACGAGCUCCAAGGAGAGCGAUGAGAGGAUUGUCCAGAAUGCAAUUAUUCAAACAAUUGGAUUUUUUGGAAGCAAUCUCCCAGAUUACCAGAGAUCAGAGAUUAUGAUGUUCAUUAUGGGCAAAGUACCUGUUUUGGGGACUUCACAAUCACUGGAUACCAGCCACCUUGGAGAUUUGGGAACUAGAAGGAUUCAGAUCAUGUUACUGAGAUCUUUACUUAUGGUGACUUCAGGAUACAAAGCCACAACGAUCAGUAAUGCACUUCCUCCCCCAUUCCUGGACCCGUUACUGUCUCCCUCACUCAUGGAGGACUCUGAGCUAAGGCAGCUGGUCCUGGAAAUCCUGCAUAACCUCAUUGAUCGGCACGACAACAGAGCGAAGCUCAGAGGGAUACGAAUAAUACCAGAUGUUUCCGAUCUAAAGAUAAAACGAGACAAGAUUUCAAGGCAGGAUGUGAGCUUCAUGAAAAAGCAUGGUCAGCAGUUGUACAGACACAUUUACUUAGGCUGCAAAGAAGAAGACAAUGUCCAAAAAAACUUUGAACUCCUGUUUACAUCUCUAGCUCUAACCACAAUUGAACUGGCCAAUGAAGAAGUGGUUAUUGACCUCAUUCGAUUAGCUAUUGCCUUGCAGGACAUUGCCAUCAUCAACGAGGAUAAUCUGCCAAUGUUUAAUCGUUGUGGUGUCAUGGCGUUGGUUGCAGCCUAUCUAAACUUUCUGAGUCAGAUGAUUGCAGUUCCUGCCUUUUGUCAGCAUGUCAGCAAGGUCAUUGAAACCAGAAGUGUGGAAGCAUCUUAUUUUCUCCCAGAAACAAUUUUCAAAGACAAAUGCAAUCUUCCAAAAUCCUUAGAGAAGCAUGAAAAAGACUUAUUUUUCCUGACGAACCAGAUUGCAGAAUCAUUAGGAGGCAGUGGAUACAGUGUGGAAAGAUUGUCAGUUCCAUAUGUACCCCAGGUAACAGAUGAGGACAGACUCUCCAGGAGAAAAAGCAUUGUGGACACGGUGUCUCUUCAGGUGGAUAUUCUGCCUGGCAACAACACAGAGGAUAAGAUUGAUAAUACUGAAGAAAUCACCUUUGAAGCUUUGAAGAAAGCCAUUGAUAACAAUGGACUUGAAGAACAGGAAAAGGAGAAAAGGCGUCUUGUGAUUGAAAAGUUCCAAAAAGCGCCAUUUGAAGAAAUCGCAGCCCAGUGUGAAACCAAAGCAAACUUGCUUCAUGACAGACUUGCACAGAUACUGGAACUCACCAUUCGUCCUCCGCCUAGCCCCUCAGGAACGAUGACCAUUACUGCUGGACAUGCUCAUUACCAUUCUGUUCCAGUCUAUGAGAUGAAGUUUCCAGAUCUUUGUGUGUAUUAAGUGUCUUCUGAAGUCUGCUGGACAUUAUUUAGAAUAGAGUACAAUAGAAAGAACAAGAUGAGUUUUCAAAUUUUAUUGUUUACUGUAUCUAAACUAAGUAAUAUAAUGAUGGACAUGAGCCAAAUACAGAUUACUUUAGCCAAAUUCAUGAAACUGUCUUGAAUUGUUUUUUUCUGUAAUAUAUUGUAAGUUAGGUUUUUCAUAGAUCAUGUUGUUUCAUUUUCAUAUUUGAGUACAUGUAAAAGUCAGAUAUAAAACUUGUCUUGCCAUACAGGUGAAUAUUUCAGUUACUCUAGGAAUUUGUGUUGCUGCAAAUUCCUUUAAUUGGAGAUACUGUAACUGAAGAACCUGUUAAAUCUUUUUUUUUCCCCUUUUUUUUUGGUUGGUUGGGUUUUUUUCUCAUCUCCACCUCAAUUCUAUGUCUAACUAGAAUGCUUUUGCCUUGCUUCAUCUCAUUAAAUGUAACCAGUGGAGCACUACUGUAGCUCCCUUUUGUUCAUACUGUCAUAGCUACUCAACUUGUUUGGUUUGAAAUAUAUGGAAAAAAAACAAUACCUUACAUGUGUUCAAGUACAGUGAAUGAAUUAAUGGACACUUGUUAAGUAUUUUUUGGAUGCAUCACAUAACAUGCUUUUUAGGUAGAUAUGCCCAGUAUAUGUCCUGUGUUUCUUGCUAAAAGUUUAAUGCUUUGCAUAAGAGAGGAGAAAUCUCCUCUCAAAGCAAGAAAUUGUGCAAUAUUUUUCGUGUCUUAAGGUGUAUGGUUUACAGACUGUACUUUUGAAAACAUAGUAGUAUUUUAAUGUCUGCUUUAGUAUAAAUACACAAGAGAUAUAUUUAGUAUAGCAGAAAAUAAACUGAGGGCAUUUUAAAUAAUAAUUAAUGAAAUUAUAAAUAUAUUCUAUGAGGCAUUUCUCUGUAGUUUAUUACAGCUUUUUAGUGAUAUUUUAGAAAUUGAAAGAAAACUAAAUGAAACCAUUUAAAGAUCAAGAAUUUAUUACAUAUAUUUUCAAGCAAAAGCAUUUUUAGAGAUGCAUCUCUGUGUUUGUUUUUGUUUCAUUUCUCAAAACUUUAAGGUAACUUUCAUAGGUUUAUGUAUCUGAGCAUACUAUUAAAUGUAAAUAAAGUAAAAGUUUUACAGGAAAUCACUGACAUUUGAUGAUAAUUGCCAAGACUGUCUUUAUGACUCACUAAAUUCUGCAGGCAAAAAAGAAAAACAGCAUUCAUUGAUGCCAUGCAUAUUAAGUUUGAAGUCCCUUAAUCUCUCUGAAUCUGACUGAAGCAGCACAAACAUGAAUGAAUGCUCUCAAAAAUCUGUAAUAAAUGUAGACAUUUAAUUUAGCCAGUGGUUUGCAUGAACAAUGAUCAGGCUGUGAACAAAGUGACCUAACUUCAGUUAGCCCUGCUUUGAGCAGGAGCUUGGUUUAGAUGACUUUCAGAAGUCCCAACCUAAAUUAAUCUUUGAUUGCAUAACUCUACCAUCUGAAGGGUUAUCAGCCCAGCUAAUUUGCUGACUGUUUGAAGCACUUGCAAACCCACUGUAAGAAGGAUUUUAAGUUUUUUGAACUGUAGUUCAGCAUUCUGCUGAACUACUUUUAAAAGCCUGAUGUGACAUAACAUCAGACAAAUAUCAGCUACUUAAACCUAUGAGAUGACAUGCUGAGACUUUCAGAAGGCAUUCACAAAGCUCAAAAGGUAAUUGAGACCUUCUUUUCAGUUUAACAGUGCAAUCACAGCUGUUAGUGGAUGACGAAACAGCCCCUUAUCUACAGCAUUCCGUUGCGAUUUUUACUGCUGCAGCGUAUCAGCCUGAUCAGACCACAGUCUACACA